CCUGCUUCCCAUCGCCUUACUGGCACGGCCAUCACUCACUCAUCCUCCACGAUCUCAGCUGAGCUUCUCAUUCCCACUCCCGAGAUUCUUCAACCGUUGAUGCACCUUGACACCAUGUCGUUGAACAAGACCACUCUUGUGUUUUCACAACGCACGAUCCCGCUCGAGUGCGAUGUGUAUUCCUCUACUGAAUAUCCACUCAUAGCUCCCGUCUUCCUGUACUUCCACUCAGGUGGCCUCGUGAGCGGUUCCAGGGAAUGUGUUCCGCCUUGGCUUGUACAGGUCUGCUUCAAGAAUCAAUGGACUCUCAUCAGUGCGAGCUAUCGGAUGCUUCCCCAGGCCAAAGCUUCAGGUCUGCUCCAAGAUGCCACUGACGCUUACUCCUUUGCCCUGCGUUGGGCAAUCACAAAUGAACUUGCCCCAAAUCGAAAAGUGAUUGUAGGUGGAUCAAGUGCGGGAGUGACAUCCGCAAAUAAUCCACAGGUCUUCCAUGUUGAGAAGAUCCUUCCUGAUGGCGCCAAGAAUACCGCAUUUGUAUUGCCUCCACUCUCCAUCUCAGAUGAUGGCAACUGCGAUGAGUUCCCCCGAGGAUGUCUCUAUGACUACUACCUUUACCGCAACGAGUUUCUCAAUCUUGUGGGUGAAAUUGACCCAGGCUACGAAUGGGCCGAAAGUGAGAUGGGAGAGAGUAGAGCUGCGGCGUGGCCACCCACGACCAUCAUACAGGGUGACGCUGAUGAAGAUGUUGACCUCUCUCCCCAUCUCUACGAGGCGACGAGGUUCAUUGAAGACGACAUGAGUGGAAUGGAUGCCGUUAGACAGGCAGUAUCAAAUCUGGAGGCCGACGUUGCCCGUGCCCUUGCCUGA